UCGGUUCGCGGUGCGGUCAGUGCGGUGGCGCCAUCUGAACAACAGUUGCAGCAGCUACUGAGAGAGGAUCGAGCACCGCAGCAGACCUACCGAACGCGAAACGUGCCGGAUCGUUCGCGUAUGCUGGAUCGCACGUGUUGACGAAUUAUUUUUGGUUUGUGUGUUCGCAUACCUCGUCCUUGUUCAGCUUUCACUCAAAGGAAGAUGAGAAAGUUUAAUAGCAAUCGCAUCUGCAGCGUUCCGCAUUGCACGAACCGUGCCGUGAACGGGGAAACCAGCCUUCAUUCGUUCCCGCCGGAUGCGGCCAAGAAGGAAGAAUGGUGCGCCAGACUUCGCAUCUGUAAGCCGGUAACGCCGGCAAUGAGAGUUUGCAGCGCGCACUUUGUCGCUGGCGACUUCUUCUGGAGCAACGUGGACCCACAUGUGUGGGCACCUCGUCGCAAGAGGCUCAAGAGGACUGCUAUGCCUUCACAGUGCUUGCCUGUGCAUAUGCAAGGCAAGAAAGGUUUAUCAAAGCAGCAGGCUUCUCCUCAAUUUUGUCAUGCUUGCCCACCAACACCAGCACUACCAUGUCAAGGAAAAGGCACACUUGGAAAGUUCAGCCAAGCACAAGAAAAUGGAGACAGAGAUGGUCUGGAACGUGUCCUUCCUGAUAGAGGUGUUGCUGCUGGCAUCACAGUACAUGAGGACGAGGCCAUGGAGGUUCUUCUUCAGCUUAAAGCAGUGUGUAACACAGGAAAAAACCUACGAAAGAAAUGUGUUCAGAAAAGCUCAAGUGUGGCAGAGCUAUGCAGUCAUCCUGCAAAAAGACGCAAGAAAAGUGAUCUGGACCACCUAGCUAACACUGUUGCACGGAACUGCCACAAGCGAGCAGCUUUCGUGGUAAGGGCAGCAUCAGACCAGAUGUCCAAGUUUUCCUCCAGGACGCAUGUUCCCAGACGCAACACAAAAGCGGUGCAGACUUAUAUCAAGGCUCCAUCUGUCGGGGUCCAGGCCAAUCCAUCAGUACAGCACAGCCAUGUCCAGACUGAUCACAGGCCGCUUUUGCGUGUGGCAGGCAUCACAUAAGCCACGGUAUUCCCAGUCCACAGUGAAAUCUCGUAGUGUUGCUUCAGUUCUUGAUGUAUACAGGGCAGAUUACUUCAAGAAGAGCUCAUACUGCUUUGGAGAAUACACAGGAGGGUGAUGUGUAAGGAAUUACUCGUCUGUUCGGUCUCACUAAUCUGGAUAAUUUACUAUUCUUGACAUGGUUGCAAUAGCUUGGCAAAAAAUUGUUACAUGAAAGAUAAAUAUGUGUGAAGAGCAUAGAUUUCCAUGCUCACAAGAUGCAGAUUGAAUGGCAGGCAGAAUAGAACAUCGUUAAGAAUUUCCCGCAAGCAAGCCAGUGCGUGGAGAUGCUUGGAGUGUUUUCUGAACAUUGACGGUCUCUCGUCAGUCUUCACCUCGUGCGCCAUCAAUGUGCGACGUGUGCUUGCAGUGUUCUUCAUCACACCAGCAUUGUCAGACAUUUUGUAGCUGACACUGCGCUUUUAUUUUUAUCCAGCAGGAGUUGCCUUAAGUGCUGCAUCGCACCAAGAUGUCGCACUCGCGUAUACUUUUUACACCGUCUGAAAAGUCCAAGCACAACGCUGAACCUUGCUAUUGCUGUCAAUGAUUCGCCCUUCGGGCGAAACUGCCACUCCGUUAAAUAAAACAAUCGGUAAGCUUUUCUGACAGCUGGAUUCGAACAGAGCACAGAAGCCUGAUACUGUAACCAUUACGCCACGCUCACUUUUCCCCCACAACGGCGUGCCUCAUAAUCACAUCGUAGUUUUGGCAUGUAAAACCCUAGAAAUUAUUUAAAGUAAAUUAACACGUAUCAUACAUCAAAAUGUGGGCUGAUCCCGAAAAUAGUGCAGUCUAAGAAUGUAAGUCGAUCCCAAACAUAGUACAGUCUCAAAAUGUGUGCCGAUCCCGAAGAGAGUGCAGUAAAAAAAUUUAAGAGUCCAUCGCUCUUCCCCUCAUGUGAGCGGUGAUGCGAUGUAGUGCCGGGUGCUGUGACUGUGACUUUUCUCUCUCUCUCCUUAUCUCUUGUCUCCGUCUAUCACCUUUCAUUCUCUUUACGUAUUUCCGAAGCACAGGAUAGCUAGUCAGUAUUUACACAGGCUAACCUCCCUGUCUUUCACUUCCUUUUUAACCCUUUCACUGCCGGGUUUUUUUCUGACUGCUCUUCACCCCCUGCGGGGUAUUUUUUUCAUGUUGGCUCAGUGUAAAUUUCAUGCUAGUAAUGUACCAUGAUACUCCACAGG